AUGACAAAUUCAGAAAUGGAAAAUACCCAAGAGCAUCAGGAACAACCCGCCAACGACUAUGAUGAAGAGGCAUACGUCGAUCAGGACGAAAUCGAGGAAGUGGCAGACGACCAUGGCCUUGCCCCAGAAGAUGACGAUGAUGAUAUGGAUGUAGAAGGUCAGGAAGAGACAUUGGAAAUUGAUAUGUCCAACAAUUCAUGGACCUACUUCGAUCAGCAUAAGGAUAGCAUUUUCACAGUGUUUAAGCACCCCUCAUUGCCCAUGGUAGUCACUGGUGGAGGCGACGAAACAGCAUACAUGUGGACUACGCAUACGCAGCCGCCGCGUUUCGUGGGAGAGCUUGCAGGUCACAAGGAGAGUGUCAUUGCUGGUGGUUUUACUGGAGAUGGCAAAUACGUCAUCACAACUGAUAUGGCUGGCUUGACACAGGUACACAAGUCUGCCAAAGGAGGACAAAAAUGGACCAAAUUUGCCGAGUGGGAUGACCAGGAAGAAUCCAUUUGGGUUACUGUUCAUCCUCUGCAGCUAUAUUUUGCCAUGGGUGGCCAAUCGGGAUCUGUUUGGGUAUACCGCAUAGAUGAACAACUGGGCUCCUUAGAACAAAUAAUGGGAGGCUUCUCCCACAGUAUGGAAUGUAACGACGGCAUAUUCGUCGAUGUUGACAACCAGGAACAACUUACUCUCAUAACUUGCUCAGAAGACGGCUCGAUUGUGUGUUGGAACGCCUUCACCGGUGCCGUUCGUUACAAGUUGACGCCACAUGACAAUUUCAAGGGCGUUGAAAGUCCAUGGGUUAAGAUCACUGCCCACAAAAACGUGUUUGCCGCAGGCGCCAGAGACGGUCAGUUGGCUAUCGUCAACUCGGACACUGGUAGAAUUGUCCACACGGUCAAGGCGCUCGACAACGCUGACGACAUUGCUGAUCUUUCAAUUGAGGCUUUGGCCUGGUGCCGCAAUCCAACCGUCAACAUUCUUGCCGUUGGCUUGGUCUCGGGAGACGUAUUGUUGUUCGAUAGCUUACAGUGGAGAGUCAGACGUACUAUCAAGUUGGAAGAUGCUGCCACCAAGCUCGAGUUCAUUGAGAACACUCCAUUUUUAGUGGGAAGCUGCAUGAAUGGCCGGAUGUAUAAGUGGGAUGCCCGUACGGGAGACGAGAUGUUUGUCGGAUAUGGUCACAACGCGGGUAUUCUCGACUUCGCCGUUAUGGACCACGGUAAGAAGCUCGUCACUGCCGGAGAUGAGGGAGUUUCAUUAAUUUUUGAGACCGAACAGUAG